AUGUUGAAGAUCAACUCUAAUGAAGAUUAUAAAAAUAGAAAAAGUUUAAAAAUAAAUGAGCUGUACAGCGUCCCAGACUCUCCCUUAAAAGGGAGAUUAGUUGGUGUCAGGAUUAAACAGAUCUUUACAGUAUUUCAGUUUCCCCUCCCGCUGAUCCUGACACUCAUUUGUCCCACCUACCUGCGGAGGAGAGUACCGGAAAGGGGUUGCAAGGGCACGCCCACCCUCCCAACAGCGAGCAGGGGGCAGGCCGCGGCCCGAAGCCUGCAAAGCUGGGUCUGCCGGGGCGACCCCCGGGUGGGCUCGGCCAGCAGCCGCUGUGCCGGUGGCCAGCGGGCUCCCAGGGUCCGAAACCCGGCGGGCUGCCCAACUGUCACCCCGCGCCGUCAGCCUCGGGUCCUCCGAGCAGGAGGGCGGAGCAGGCGGGUGUUCAUACUAUGGGGCCAAAAGGGAGACAUCGCCCCCGCCCGGGGGCUGGGCCGCUGGGGCCGGGCGUGGGCCCUGCUCAGGAUAGUUCACGCUGUGCGGUCAUCGCGGCCCAAACAACUCGGUCAAGUUCCGUCUUGGUUUUGGGGCGGGGCCCGGGCGACCCUGCGGGCGGAGACCGGGCGCGCCCCCGACGCUGCGGCGGGUGGGGGCAGGGCGGCAGCGGCGCUGAGGGUUGGGGGUCGCGGCCAAACCGUCCGCCCAGGGGGCGCAGUGGGCCUCGGCGGCGGGCCUCGGAGGGCGCAGCAGCGAAGCGGGGCGGGGACGCGGGCGCCUCGCGGAGGGGUCGCGGCUGUUGUCGCCGCGGUCGCCCGGCUGCGGGGCGGGGGCGGGCCGACGGCGGCCGCCGCGCCAGGCCUCACAAAGAGCAGACAGCCCCGCGCGUCAGCCUGCGGUCCCGGUGCCGGGGCCCGCCCUGAGGGGCCGGAGGCGGCCGCGCCGGGACCCCGGGAGAAGCGCGGCGAGGAAGAGGCACUUCCUGCCUGGGCCCCCAGCCCUGGGCCGAUCCUGAGUGCCUCGAAACCGCCCAACCUGGACGGGUUCGUCAGUGCCCCCGGCCCCGAGCCCAGCCCCUCUCGCGGGACUCACUCUGAGCGGCGGCGAGAUCCGCGGCUACCAGCGGCUCCUCGGUCCUCAGCUGGUUUGAAGCCCCUCGGCCACCAGUCUCCAGGUUUAGUCAGGCCCUGGCCUUGGCCCCGCCUCUCCCUGGUUGGGCCUCAACGUCAGUCACCCGGCGUGGCUCCGCCCCUCCUGCAAUUGGCUCUCCCGGUUGGCCCGGAACACCCUUCAUUUCUAGGCCCCGCCCCUCGCCUCGGCUCCCGGUCUUUUCCACUGGACUCCGCCCCUUCUCUGGCUCCCCCUCCCCCACUCCCUCACCCCUCCGCUUUGCGGCCCACCCCUCCCAGAAGCUGCAGACCCAGGGCAGGCUUGCGACAGCUCGCCCCGCCCCUGACCCCCGCACCUCGGAUUCGUACAGCCAAUCAAAGAGGCUAACUCUGCCCCCUCUUCCGAGGGGGCCAAUGCGGUGAGACUGAGGACCCACCUCCUCCUUUCAGCUGAGAGCACACAACACAGCAUCCACCUUGCCUUCAAUCUUUGGAAUUAAAAAUACUUUUGUGAUCGACACCUGUGUACAUGGAUAAAAUAUUCAAGUAUUUCUCAAAAUAAUCACUUGAAAAGAGAGUACAGUAAGUACUUUACAUGUAUUGUUAAAUAAAUAUUGUCCCCAUUGUUUUACCUGGUGCUUAAAGUGUUCAUUUCUAUCAUACAAAUUCACAAAAGUUAUUACUAGUUUGUAAUGUUUGCUUUUCUAAAGAAUGGGCAUUCAAUUUUAUUAAAUAUCUUUUAGUGUCCAUUGAAAUGACCAUGUUUUUUCCCCUUAUUCUAUUUUUAUAUGUAUUAUAGUAGCCCAUCUCCACCAUUAAACUAGCUUUGUGUUUCUGGGAAAAAACUCCUUUGUCAUUUGACAUAUGCUAACACCGACAUUCUUUGAGUAAAUAAAAUCAAAAACAGGAGUAUACCAAUAUCCACCAACAUACCCUGUUGCUUUAUUCUGGUUACUGACUAUACUUUCUGUCUGAAACUGUCUGCUGUGUCCCCAACAGAUGACUCUAUUUAAUAACUACAGACCCUGAGUCAGGCUUUCAGAAUACCCUUCUUUUUAUUUAUUUAGUAGAGAUGAGAUCUUGCUAUGUUGCUGGCGUUGGUCUCGAAAUCCUGGACUCAAGUACUCCUCUCUCCUCUGCCUCCCAAGGUGCUGGGAUUACAGGCAUAAGCCACUGUGCCUGGCCAGAAUGCUCUUCUAAUGGUGCUUCCAUGGACUUCUCGUUUACUCUGAUUUUCUUUCUCUUGUUUUUGGAGCUGUUCUUUAGAGGUUUGGAUAAAAGAUAGUCUCUCCUAAUAAUCCUCAAAGCCUGAUGGACACCUAUUCCUGGAGAACAUUCUGCAUUCUGAAACUCAUUCUGUCCUAAAUGGAUCCCGUAUCUCCUCUGAACAGCAGUGAAAAACAACAAACAUUCCUGUAGGCCUAGGACUGUCACUUUCCUUGUAUCUGUUCAUGGACCACAAUACCUUGCCUGCUUCCGUGGCCACAAGUGUUUACCAUGUCUCUCUUAUCUGUGCCCUGCAUAGAAGUGAUCUGCCCUCACAUCCAACACUCCAGUUUAGACCCCAGUAACCUCUUACUGGUCGGUUUGAAUAGCCUUUUAGUAACUUCCCUCUAUCUUUCCGCUUGCUUUAUAUUGACAUCAUAUUCACUGUUUCCCCUGCAUCUUGCUGCCUGUAUCAUGGAUGAUGUCUGCAUCACAAGGACCAGGAUGCCAUCUAGGGACAAGAGAGCAAUGAUCUGGGAGGAACUCGGGUCCCGAACAUUGUGUGGAGUACAGCUGUCCUAAGCCUGGGACUGCACUGUGUGUGUGUUUACUUUAACCUGAGCUUAUGAGAGCUCUGGGUAAGGUAAAUAAAAGAGCUUUUUCAGCAAGUGUCUUGGUCAGUUUGGGUUGCUAUAACAAAAACGCCAUAUACUAGUGGCUUAAAUAACAAUUUAUUUCUCAUAGUUUUGGAGGCUAGGAAGUCCAAGAUCCAGGCACUGGUAGAUCUGGCAUCAGGUGGGGGCCUGCUUCCUGGCUUGUAGAAACAGAAAGUAAAAUGGUAUUUGCCAGGGGCUGGGUGAAAUGAGUUAUUGUUUAAUGGGUAUAGAUUCCAUUUUGUAAGAUUUAAGUUAAAAGAAAAACUGUAGCCAAAUUAAAUUUAAAGGAGUUUAAUUGAGCAACAAAUGAUUCACUCCCAGAAUCAUAGCAGAUUCAAACAGACUUCAGUGCAGGACAUGGUACGAGAAGAUUUAUAGACUAAAAAAGGGGAAUGAUAUACAGAAAUCGAAAGUGAGGUACAGUACAGCUGGAUUGAUUACAGGUUGGUGUUUGCCUUAUUUGAGCACAGUUUCAACACAACAGUAUAUUCAUGGUUGAAGUAUGGCCUCUGGAAUUGGCCAAGACUCAGCUAUUGUUACAGGCGCAUACUCCCAAGUUACAUUUUCAGUCUUACCUACGUAUUAAAAACCUAGGUGACAGUUCAUCCACAGAGACUAAACUAUAUAAGUACAGAGUCCUUCUCAGGCCAUAUUAGUUCACUUUAACAAAGAUGAAAAGUUCUGGAGAUCUUUUGCAUCACAAUGUGAAUACUUAAUGUGACUGAACUGUACAACUAGAAAUGAUUGAAAUGGUCCUUUUUUUUAGAUAUGGGGUCUUGCUCUGUUGCCAAGGCUGGAGUACAGUGGCAUGAUCAAGCUUGCUGAAUGUGACCUUGGACUCCUUGGUUCAAGUGAUCCUCUUCCUUCAGCCUCUCAAGUAGCUGAAACCAUAAGCAUGUACCACUAUGCCUGGCUAAUUUUUAUUUUUAUUUUUUGUAAAAUAAUAAAACAGUGAGACAGGUCUCGCUAGGUUGCCCAGGCUGGUCUUGAACUCCUGGCCUUAAAUAAUUCUCCCACCUUGGGUUCCCAAAGUGCUGAGAUUACUGGAAGGAGCCACCAUGCUGGAGAUGGUGCGUUUAAUGUGUAUCUACCACACUUUAAGAAGCUAGGUUUUCUAAUGAAAAGGAAGAUAGGAGAGUCAGAGAAGGAAAUGUGACCAUGGAAGCAGAGAUGACAGACGUAGGGCCAGGGGCUAAGGAACGGAGGCAGCCCCUAGGAGCUAAAACAGGCAAGGAAAUAGUCUCUCCUAGAGCUUCCAGCAGGAACACAACUCUGCCAGUUUAGCCUCUAUUUUAAUUUAGUAAGGUCCAUUUUAGACUUUUGACCUCCAGAACUGUAAGAUUAUAAAUGGGUGUUCUUUUAAGCCACUACGUUUGUGGUAUUUGUUAUGGUGGUGAUAAGAAACUAAUAUAUUUAUUACCUGUUUUCCUAAAGUCGCAUUUUAUAUUUUACUAAUUACUUGGUGCUGCAUAUAAUUUAUUUUAAUUUUGUAAUACACAUAACUGUAUUCUUUCUAAUAUACCUUAUUUCUGGUAGCCUGACUCGAGCUAGUGUUCAAGUGCUCAGGUAAGAGAGCCUUAGUUCACCACCCUGUAGCUCUCACCUGCGUCUGGUCGAACCUACCAAGAGGAUAAUCUAAUAUUUCCCCUAAACUAUGUUAAAAACAAAAACUAUGGUAAAAUAUUGACAAACUUUUCCAACAAUAAACACUUGACAUUUCAAAAUCUGAGUCUUGGGAUAAGGAGUGAUAAAUGUCGCAAGUUAGGAGGGACCACUUAGCAGAAUAAAAUGGUGGUGAGAAAGUCAAGCUUUUGAGUUGGUUAGCUUGAGGUCAGACCUCAGCACUGACAGACACACUGUCUGGCCAUGGGCGAGAGCAUCACAUAAUUACUAAAAGUAGUCCUAACUUAGGCAAUUGCGAGCAUUAAAUAAUGCAGCUGCCUUAAGUGUUUAGGUAACAUCCCUGGCACCUAUUAUGGACUCAAUAAAAGCUGCUGCUGUGUUGGUUCUUAUUGUUAUUUCUGUGAUUCUUGAUUAUGAAGCUGAGUGCAAGGUGAGCAGCUUUUGCUGUCUUCUGUGUACCAUGUACAUUACAGAGUGUUAAGGUCACCUCAUAGACUGCCAGCCAAUGCGUGAUAGCUCUCUUUUGUGGUUCAACCCUGAAUGGAGAGAAUACUUGAAAUAUUGCCAAAAGUCUGACUGAUUUAUAUCAUGGAAAUGAAAAACUAGUCAUUUGACUUCUUUCCACACCUAUCUGCACACAAAAGGUCAAUAGAAAGGUCUCUGGGCUCUAAACGAGAAUCCUCUCAAAGAGAUUACAGUAGUUCCCCCUGACCUUCAGUAUUAUGUUCCAAGAAUAUUACAUGGAAAAUUCCAGAAAUAAACAAUGUAUAAGGUUCCCCCCACCACAUAACAUGGAUGUACAAUUUAUAAGUUUUAAAGUGCAUGCUAUUCUGAAUAGUGUGAUAAAAUCUGGCUCUGUCCUGCCCUGUCCUGCAUGGGACAUGAAUCAUCUCUUUGUCCCAGCUGUAUACACUUCCUGUCCAUUACUGUACAGGAAAACAUAUGAUGAAUAUAGGGUUCAAUACUAUCCAUGGUUUCAGGCAUCCACUGGGGGUCUUGUAAUGUAUCUCCCAUGAAUGGGGGGAGGAUUACUGUGCACACACUCCUAGUGACCACCAUUACCAACGAUAGUCAUUUAGGAGGACACACUUUAAACAUAAACAUUUAAGACACAAGCAGAUUAUUGGAAGAGAAGAACAUGAAACAUUUUUUAAUGCCCCAAACCAAAAAAACCCACCAAGCAGAUUAUGUGAACUGAUAUAUUAUGAUGUCCAAAAGAUGUUAUUAAUUGGGAAAUGCAAGCUAUGUAGAAUUAUAUGUAAGGUGUGAUUUGAUUUUUGUGAAAUCAGAUCAUAUAUAUUUACAUGUGUACAGACAUCUGAAAUAUUCACUUUCUACACUGUCCUGGUUUUCAUAAGCAUAUUUUACAGUGCAUAUGUUUAACAUUAGCAAUUAGAAAAGCGGCUAAGAUAAAUGUUAUUGCCACAGGUAUUUUAAUUUCAGUUUGUCCUUGGCUGUUACAGAGAAUUGAUAGAAAAAAAUGAUCAUGUGAAGAAUCUGCAUCUUCUGCAAAACUGCCAGUAUCAGUCAGCACUAGUAGGUUGUAAGCAGCAGAAAUCCAGCUUGAAGGAGCUGAAACAUAAGAAGGAAAUUUAUUGGCCCAUAUCACUGAAGAACAGGAAGGGUGGAUGGAUCUGGCCUUAGGAAACUUAUAAGCAGCCAGGAUUGGCUGGCUCUGUCUCUACUUCUCUUUCCUUUGUAGGUUGACCCAUUGUGCUCCGUGUUUACAUCCUUGUGGCUUCCUGACUGGAAAGUCUUAUCCCUGUAAGCUCAAGUGGAGAGAGUCCCAGAGAAGGAUUCUGUUUGGCUUGUCUGGAUCUGGGACUAAUUGCCAAGGUUAGGUGUGUGGGGUCUUCUCAUUGGCAGCCCCCAUACCUCCCUAGCACCAUAAGGCUAGAGUUGGGGAAAUGGCAUUUUCCAAAAGAAGCAUGGCUCGACUCUGGGCAGAUAGAGCUGUAUUAUUAGUAUGUACCUUGCAGGGAUACCUUGCAGCAUCUGUUAUAAAAGUUCUUUGGCAAUUAACUUGCCCUUGAGCAAAGACUCUGAGACAGGACGGGUCAGUGUGCAUGGGAAAGAUAAGAAGACUGAGGAGCUCUGUUUAACAGAAUAAUAUCUGUAUAAGAAAGUAGCCACAGACAAGGUUGAAAGCUUCUCAGGCUGAGAACAGAUAAUAGACAGGCCAUAAGUUCCAUUUGAAGAAGUUUAGCUAGACUAAUUCAUUUCUUUUAAAGUUUAAUUACAAGUAGCUUUAUUUUUUAACCCAAAGACUUUAAAGUCUUGAGAGCCUCAAUUUCAAGUUUUACAAAACCUGGGUUUUCAGGAUCAGAAGCCUCACUGUUGGAAAAUGAAUACUGUAUGUAAAUCUUUAUUAAAUGUCAAUCAAAUGAUUCUGUUAAACAUAUAUUGGUGACAAGACUGAGUGACUUAGGAGUUCUAUCAAGAUACCUUUACAUCCUUACUGUAAUUCUGAAUUUUAACUGGUACCGUCUAAGUAAGUUUUGAUAUGAAAAGAUUUUAUCCUAUGGAGUUCAUAGGAAGCUCUUUGUUUUGACGAAGGUUGUAAUCAGUAAGCUGAGAAGUGGCUCAUGGCUAGUACAUUUUUUACCUCUGUGGGUGUGUUCCUUGGCUCCAGUGGACUUUGGAGAAUGAGUAAAUGGAUGGCUUCUUGGGGGAAGAGAGAGAGAGAAGAGAUACAGAAUUUCAAAGAUACAAAGAUAAUAACCACACGGUGAAUGGAAUCAGGGAUCAAUGUUUGUUUAUGUAAUUGUAAAUAGCCUUCUCUUUCUCCAGCGCCAUGGCCAUUGUGUUCCACUGUGUUCCUGGGAAGCCUCAUGUCAUCUAACAUGUACAGGAAGAGAGGGUUAACUGUGUCCACUAUAACAGCUCUGUUUCACAAGUGCAGCUUGGAUCAGUUAGAAUUCUGCAGAAAAACUUCAAGCAGGGCUGAGAUUUGUCUUUUGUGGACUGGCUCUCUGAAUUUCAAGAUGAACAUACCACAGAUAACAACCAGUGACUCUGGUGAUGCCGCAUGGCAGUUCAGUACACUGGCAGCCUUGCUUCUUUUCUAUUCUUUUUUUACAUUUUCUCAGAGCAGUGCCAUAUCAUGGUGUUUAUUUCCUAGAAAGCAUUGAGAAAUAUUAGAGCUUUCUUUUUUUAAUCCAAUGAGUGAUAUAUCUUGAAUAUAGAAUAGACAUAUGUGUAGUAUUUUGUGUGAGCAAAGCUGAAAAGGAAGACAAAGGGUAAGAAAGCUUUGAUAAAGGGAAGGAAAUGGUUGGAGAACUUUUUAAAAUUUCUGAAGACAUGAGGACUUUUUUUUAGCAAAAAAAGUAUCAAGAAGUAUUUAGUAUUUAGUUGGCUCUGUUCUUCACGAAGUAAUGCUUUAUGCUCCCAAAUAAAUUACAACAUCAUCAUAACCAUAAUGAUAGUAUUGGUAUAGUAUUUACUACGUGCUACUCAGUAUUCUAAGUAUUUUUACCCAUAUUGAUUUAUGUAAUCCUCACAACAACCGUAUGGAAUGGAUCUAUUAUUGACCCCAUCUUAGAUGCAGAUGGAAAAUCUGAGGCUUAGAAGGGUCGAGUAAUCUGUCUAUAACUGAGUACCCCAUUUUUCUAAGAAAAAGGGAAUGAGUUAUUUUUUAAAUUCUUUUCUUUUCUUUUUCCUCCUUUCCCCCGUUCCCCACUUCCUAUUUAUUUCUUUUGAAAUGUAGUUAUCACCUUUGCCUUCCCUUCACUAGACACUGUCAACACAGCAAGCUUACCUAACUGUGCUUACUGAGAAGCUCCAGAGCCAGAACCUGCUCCCACUAGGAGAGUGUCUCAGGAGACAAUAGUCUGUUUACAUUUAUAACCAAAAGGUAUGCCCACGACAGAACUCUCCCCUACCCCGACAGUAUCACAGACAAUGGCCAGUUUACAAUCUAGCUCUGCCUGCGAUAGCACCAGCUUGACCUCUUGGUAGAUAUAAGGCACCAAUGCCAGUCACACAAACCCCCACCUGCUCACUUCCUGUCCUGCAUGCUGCUCAUGCCAAGUAACCUGCUUUCUGCCCCAAAUGUGAAGCGGUAUCCUUCAAGGCAGGAGCCUGUACUUCUUCCCCUAAGCUAGCUUUGGAAUCAAAAGUGACUUUCUUUAUAGCAGACCUUGCUCUUGUCCAUUGGACUCUGCAAGCAGCAAGUGACUGAAUAUGUGGUUCAGUUACAUGUCCAUGGCACACAGUAAACAGUGGUGCCUAACAGUAGCACUCAAGCAGGGUGGCUCCAGAGCCCUUCCUCUUAACUACUACUUGAUUGACAGUUUUUCCUUUUCUACAGAACUCAAUGUUCUAAAGAUACUUAACACACCCAUGAUUUCACAUGGAUGUAUAGACAGUAAGGGAACUUUUGCCGAAUCUCAGAGACUCCAGAUCUCACAGAGCAAGUACAUGGAAAGGAUGAGAUACAAACUCAAAUAGUCUCAAAUGAAGCCCAGGCUCAUUCUCCUAGUCCACGGUUUUCUCCCUAAAGGGUAGCAGAACUCUAAGCCAGCAAUCACACUUCUUGGAACUUAGUGUAUGAAACGUUUAUACAAGGGUACAAAACUAUGCAUAUAUAAAUGAAAGUUCAUUAAAGCCCUCUUUGUAAUAUGAAAAAGAAAAACUGGUAAUGAUCUAAAUGUCUAUCAGUAAGUAAAUGGUUCAAUCAUUAUAAUACAGACAUACUAUGACACCUUGUGAAGUGUUUAUAUGUGCUAACAUAGAAUGAUAUUUGUAUAGUAGAUUUAAAGUGAAAAGAGCAAGUUAAAAGGAGAAUUAAAGCCAUUAUUUUUAAAAAUCUUGGUUAUAGAAUGGGCACAGUUGCUCACACCUCUAAUCCCAGCACUUUGGGAGGCCAAGGUGGCUGGAUUGCUUGAGCCCAGGAGUUCAAGACCAGCCUGAGCAACAUGGUGAAACCCCAUCUCUACAAAAAUUAACCUGGCAUGGUAGUGUGUACCUGUGGUUUCAGCUCCUCGGAAGGCUGAGGUAGGAGGAAACUUUGAGCCCAGAGGUGAGCCAUGAUCACUUCACUGCACUGCAGCCUGGGUGACAGAGCAAGACCUUGUCUCAAAAAAAAAAAAAAAAAAAAAAAAAGGAAGAAAGAAAGAGAAAAAGAAAAAAAAUUGGUUAUAUAAAUGUGUUUUUAUUCUUUCAAUAAAUAUGAUUAGAGCACUGACUAUAUACCAAGCACUGCUUUAGAAAUUGGGGAUGCCAUGCUAAGACUGAGUCCUUGCCCCUCAUGGGUGGUGGACUGUAGCGAGAGAGAAACUGAACAAGGAAAUAAUUAAAUACUUGCAGAUGAUUGCAGGUGCCCUGAAAAAAACUAGACAGUGGAGUGGGGGUAGAGUGGCUAUUUGAGGUUGUGUAGGAAGGAAUAUUUGAGGAGGGGCAGUGUGUGCAGAUGGAAGAAAAGAGCAUUCCAGACAGAGGGGACAGGAAAUCGGAGGUCCCUAAAUGGAAGGAGCUCACAUGGCCUAGGAAGGCUUGUGGGGCAUAGGCAAUGAAAGGAAGGGGAUUGAAAGUGGGGCAGAUGCCAGAUUUUGUAGGACCAAGGGGUCAUGUUCUAUUCCAACUGUAAUGGAAAGACAGUACAGAAGGCCAAAGCUCAUUUUUAUUUUGCAUUUUAAAACAAUCCCUCUGGUUUUCCUUGAAGCCUGGAAAUCAAUCCAGAAGUGAAAGUGGUGAUCUAAGUGAGAGCAGAUGGGACUUACACCAGGGCUGAGUAUAAGGGCAUGGGGAGAAAUGAUGGCAUCUGGGAUAUAUCACAUAUUCUGGUAGAUAGGACUUAACUGAUGCAUUGGAUGUGGGAUGUGAGAAGAGACGCCUCAAGAAAAGGCAUCUCUGUGAGCAGAAUCCCACAUCAGGCAGAAAUGGUACCCACCGAAUGCUCAGGCACGGGGAGGGAGUGCCAGCGACAGUGUGGCUCUGUGGCAGGUCUGUGCAGGAAGCUGUGCCCCCUGCAGCUGGCUUUUUUGGAGGGAGGUCUGGGGCCACCACACUCCCUUCUCUACUGCCUGUACCCAUCUUCUCCCUACUGCAUCCUCCACUGCGGGCCUUUUCCUACCAUCCCCUUCCUACAGGUACCUGAUGCUAUGACCAUGUUACACUCCUGGCCACUCUGCAGAGCUGCCCACUGUCCUGUGCUUUGCACCCAUUCUUUGCAGCCUCCUGGAGAACUUUCAGAC